AUGGAUCAACAAACCUUUAUACUCUUAAACAAUUCACAAUCUCAACCCAUCUUAGAAUUCAUCACGAAAGACAUACCAGAACCAAAUCAACCAGUUCAAUUUAACUUGGCUGUUGGAAUUACCAUUGGAUUAAUAGCUUCAUUUAUCCAAUCCUUAGGCUUAACAAUCCAACGUAAAUCUCAUUUACAAAACGAUCAAUUACCAUUCCAUUUAAGAAAACCUGAUUAUGCAAGACCGAUUUGGUUAAUGGGAUUUAUCAUUUACUUUUCGUUUAAUAUCUUGGGUUCGAUUUUUCAAAUCGGUACUCUACCUUUAAUCAUCUUGGGUCCAUUAGGUGCAAUUAGUCUUUUAUGGAAUGCGAUCCUAGCUAAAGUUUUAUUAGGUGAUUUGUUUUCUUAUCAUCUUAUCUUUGGUACUUUAUUAAUCGGUGCAGGUGCAAUUUUGAUUGGAAUCUUUGGAGUCUUACCUGGUGAUAUGAAUCAUACGUUAGAUGAAUUAAUCAUUCUAUAUUCUCGUACUCCAUUCUUGAUUGAAAUGUCAAUCUUGGUAUUUUUAUUUUCAAUGAUUUGUAUUUUUGCUCAUACAGCUGAGUUUAGAUUAAAUGGUCAUUUACGGAUUUUGGGAUCAAUGGAACUUGUUCAAACUCAUCAUCAAGAAGAACCUAUUAAAAAUUCAUGUUUAAAGACUUCUCAAACUCAACAUCGUUCGAUUCAUGGAAUGUUAUUACCUGAUCGAAGUAGUGAUCCAUUUCGAUUACGUCCUCGUCGUUCGCGUUCUUCAAGUGAUCCAGUUCCAAUCAAUCGAUUACCAACACCUCAAUCUACUCUUAAUCCAGUCGUUACUGCAAACGAUGCCUUUUCCAAUAGCCCUCUCUCGAUUUCGCCAGUCCAAGAAAGCCAUGAAUCGGAUGAUGUCUUCAGUAAUGCAUACGAUCCAAACAAGACUCAAGCACCAGUAACAGACAAAUCACAAUCCAAAGACCUUAACGAAUCACUCCCUCCACCCCAUCUGAUAGCUCGUACAAAACUAUUCAUUGGUCUAGCUUACGGUUCAACCUCUGGAACAUUAUCAGGAAUCUGUCUCUUGUUCGCCAAAACAGGUGUCGAAUUACUCAUCCUAACUCUCACAGGUUAUGAAAACCAAUUCAAGAAAUUCCAAACCUGGCUCAUCUUACUCAUCUUGUUAAUCUCAGCAAUCCUACAACUUUGGUAUCUUAACAAAGCACUUAAAUUAGUUAAUCCAACUUUGAUUUGUCCUUUAGCUUUUUGUUUUUAUAAUCUUUCUAGUAUAAUCACAAGUUUAGUUUAUUAUGAUCAAUUCAAGUUACUAAGUGAUUUACAAGUAGGAUUGAUAGUUUUAGGUACCAUAAUUUUACUGGCUGGGGUCUGGAUAGUAAGUCUAGGAACUUCAAGUACCACAACCUCAUCCAGUUCAUCCAUCAUAGCUUCAUCAUCUUCAAGUUUCAAUGAAGAUCCCGAAACAGGUGGUAUCCAAACCUCAAAUCCAAUAGACGAAGCUACACCUCUCUUGAACAGUACUGAAACCUUUUCACCUACUUCUCCUACUUUUAUGGACACUAGUUUUGAUAAUAGUGAAGAAGGUAGAAGUGCAGCGGUGAUCGAAUUGAAUAGACAAAUGAGUUUACCUUCUCAUAGAAGACAUCAUCAAACGGUUGAUAAACUUAUUCAUAGGUUUUUAAAUGAAGGUGAAAUUCAUAGAGUUAGAGGCUUUAGUAUUGGAUUAGGAGCGGCUUCUCCUGGGUUUUCAAUUCAACCUAGUCCUAGAAGACCUAAACAAACCUUACGAAGACAUUCAUGUGAAGGAUCAACAGCUGAUAUGAUCAUUAGAUCUUCUUCACCUCAUUCAACUCUUAGACCACAUGAUUUACCUCAAUCUGAAACGAUCACAACAUGUACAGCUCUUAUGUAA